AUGUUUUCUCAUCCUAAAAACAGUAUCGUCUUAAAUGCAGGUGACCCAAUUCCUCCUCCACCUGGAUGCGAGAUAGGCCGUGAUAAAAGACCGCCGCCAAUGAUUUUAACGUAUCAUAAAGAUACGAAAGGAUACACUCCUAAACAAGUUAAAGAAAUGAUUGACGCAAAAAACAAAUACAAACAAGAAUGCGAAAUCGUUGAAGUACAAAGAGAGUUAGCUCGCUUUGAAUCUAGAAUGAAUCCUAGCAAGAAAGGAAAAUAUCCAAUGCCAUCUUAUCCAGCACCACCAAAAAUCGAUGAUGAUCUCGUUAAUGCAUUCAGUGAGCCUGAAGCAACGAAGUUUUACGAUUUUCCAAUUCCUCAAAACCCUUUGAAGCAAAAGAAAGAAUGUCAUCAUACAGAAGUACAUAUGGCUCGUGGUUGCCCGUGCUGCAAUCCCGAAAAAUAUUCCGAAAUCAAACCAAGAACAGCAAGAUCUCAAUUAACAACUACAAGAACAAUAGAUGUCAAUCCAAAGAAAAAGGAGGAAAUGCCAUAUCAAAUUGGAAACUCUUACUGGAAUGUUCUUGAUGAAACAUCAGUUCCUGAACGUCCGAAAACCCAUAGAAACAUCCAAAAAAAUCGUCCUCAAUUUUCGAUGCUUAGAACUGGUCCAAGGCCAGGCGGAAUUCCAAUUGUUCUUGAUGAUCUUGCAGCAUCAAGGGCUCGCGGUGAGGAAGACUACAGAAGAAGAUGCUCUAAACUAGAUGACCAAGAAAUGCAAAAGAGAGAAGAAGAAUUGAGAAAAAGAUCAGAAACAAGCAGAUUGAAGUCAUCAAGAAGAGAUCAACAAAUGAGGACUAUAUCCGCAUUGAGUGGUCAAGCUUGGGCUACUGGAAAGACUUUAUCUAGAACAGGAUCAAGAAAUGAAACAAAAAGAGAAAUUAAAGUUGAAAAAGAGAAAUUACCUAAAGAUGUUGAAGAAGAUCUUAAAAGAGUGGCUGAAUAUGAUGAUAAGAUAUACUAUGAACGAAAGAAAGCUCAACAACCAGCUGAUGAAUUGGAAAGAUUAAUCAUGUUGGCUGGAUUGCAAGUUUAA